AUGAAGGACUUUGAAAAACAGCCAGAGAGUGAUGACGCCCUUUCUCGGUUCACAGGAGACGCAUUCACACUUUCCAAACCCCAACAAGUAUCACAGGCUGCCGAAGACCAUAGAUUGAAAAGAGUGUUAGAUGCAAGGCAUUUGUCAAUGAUAGCUAUCGGUGGAGCCCUUGGAACAGGUCUUUUAAUAGGGACAGGCUCUGCCCUAAGGGCUGCUGGACCGGCAGCUAUAUUCAUUAGCUAUUCAGUGAUCGGUUUCGUGGUCUACAUGGUGUUGAAUGGUUUGGGUGAAGUUGCAACUCACAUUCCAUUGGCAGAUGGUUUCGCUGGCUACUGUAGAAGGUACGUUGACGAAGCACUUGGGUUUGCGUGUGGAUGGACAUACUUGUUCUUGGUCUUAUUGGUUGCAGCCAAUCAGUUGGUUGCUGGAGCAUUGACAAUGCAAUAUUGGGUGGACCCUUCAACUGCCAAUCCUGGUAUCUGGGUAGCUGUUCUUUUGGUAAUCAUCACUACAGUUAAUAUACUAGGAGUUCGGUUCUUUGGUGAGGUUGAAUUCUGGUUUUCAGUGAUCAAGGUAUGCACUUGUCUUGGGCUCAUUAUUUUGUUGCUUGUCAUAGCUUUAGGAGGAGGGCCCACGGGCGAUAGACUCGGUUUCCGCUACUGGCAAGAUCCAGGUGCUUUCAGAGAAUACACUGAGCCUUCAAGAGACUUACACGUGGAAGGGGACCUUGGACGUUUUGUGUCAUUCAUAUCUGUUCUUGUGACCAGUGUAUUUGCCUACUCGGGCUGUGAACUAGUUGGUAUCACAUUUCCUGAAUGUGCAAGGCCUCGUAAAGCAAUCCCAAAAGCCAUCAAGUUGACCUUCUAUAGGAUUGUUAUCUUCUAUGUACUCAAUGUGUUGGUUUUGGGUAUGUGCGUUCCGUACAAUGAUGAAAGACUCUUGGGAACCAGUGGUACUACUGCCUCUGCUUCACCCUUUGUGAUUGCUAUCUUCAAUGCUCAAAUUGCAGGCCUAGAUCAUGUCAUCAAUGCUUGUAUUUUGAUAUUUGUUUCAUCGGCUGCAAUUGCAGACAUGUAUAUUGCUUCCAGAACCAUAUACGGUCUUUCUGUCGCUGGCUAUGCUCCAUUGUUCUUUUCAAAAACCAACAGAAGAGGUGUUCCAUAUUACGGUAUUGGGCUUUCAUUUGCUUUUGCGUUGUUGGCCUUUAUGGUGACAUCUUCCUCUGCUGCAGAGGUGUUUGAGCACUUUGUCAAUGUGGUUUCUCUCAUCGGCUUGCUAGCUUGGGCUUGUAUUCUCUUUGUCCAUAUACGCUUCAUGAAAGCCCUCAAAGCACAGGGUAUGAGUCGAAAGCAGGACUUAGCCUUUCGCUCUCCUUUGCAACCGUUUGGAACAUAUUUCUCCUUUGGCGUCUGCGUUUUUGUCAUGUUCGCUAAGAACUUUACUGUUUUCCUUGGGAACGAUUUCCCCUACGAGACCUUCAUAACCGGAUACAUCAUGCUACCAGUAUUCGUUGUUAUGUUUUUUGGUUGGAAAUUUUGGAAGAAGACAAAACUUAUACCGCCCUCCGAAGUUGACCUAAACACCUUCAAAGAGGUCUUCGACUAUGAGGAGGAGCAGUUUCUUUUGAGAGAUGCUGAGGAGCGCAAGCUCCGAGAAGCAGAGGGCAAUCCCAUCAAUUUGCGCUGGUUUUAUAACAAGAUUUUUGGCUGGAUAUUUUAA